GGGAAGCAUUACUUUGGCAAUGGGCGACCUGGAGAAGGACGUCAAGACAGAUCCGCCAUGCCAUCCACGGGCAUGUGCGAUACAAAACUGCAUUCAAAAGAACGGGUUCGAUGAAAGAAAGUGUCAGAAAGAGGUCGACGCCUUGUACGAGUGUUGCAACGCCUUCUAUAAGAAGAACGGAGACGAUGCAAGCACAGUGAGCUGCCCAAAAGCAAAUCUACUGAGACUGAAGAUGAAGCAACGCGCGCAAGGUGUGUAGAUCGACUGGAUCUCGACGUUGCUCGGAACAUAAAAGGACAGCAUGAGUUACUAGGAAGAUGUAUCAUCACACAUUUUCUACAGGGAAUGUCGAAUUCACAAAAAGUGUUAAAAGGCUUGAGAAGAUGACGGAGCGGUGAUGUUCGCACGAUUCGACCUUUUGAUUACCGCCGAAUGCACGGACGGCCAAUGCGCGUCAUUGCAUCUCGUAAUACCGACCACCACCGCUCGCGACUUCCUUCUUGCUUACUACGUCCAACUGCACAA